GUGAACGGCAAGCCCUUCCUUGUUCAUGUCCUGGGCCUUUGUGAAUAAACCAUGGGAUGUAUUGGCUCGAGAACACUCACAGCAGAUGGGGUUCCAGUACAGAAAGAUGGGGAACAGAUAGUGUUGGCCAUUCCUUCACCCCUCAUUGCAGAACCUGUGCUCUCUUUCUCUCUCUCUUUCUCCAAUGACUUCUUUGCAGUAACUUGUUGCACUAUGAUAGAGCUUGUUGCUAACCGAUAUGCCAGAAACUACACUUCCCAAAAUGCAAGAGGACAAACACUGACCAGCAGACUGUUGGGAAAUGUAGUAUUUCACACCCAUAUUAAAACACUAACUCUGUCUACCACCACCUCUCCCAUCACCUCUGCCUUUUCUAUCCUUCCAAAUAUUCAUAAAAUUUCACACUCAAUUUUCCCUAUCCUCUCUGCUGAGGUGCACGCCCUGCUCCCUCACUGUUCCUCUUCUGCUGCACUUUCUGUUUUUCUUCCCAUUCCCUCUCUUUUUCUCUGUCUCCACUAUCUUCUUCCCAUCCAGCUCUCCAUGGAAGACACGACCUCCAUUUUGCCCCAGCUAAAGAAGCGGAAUUCCAACGCCUACAGCAUCGGUGCUUUGGCUAAGUCCUCACUGUCAGGUGUGUCAGGAGUGACUCGGUCUAUGAAAGACAAGGUGACAAAGCCGACAGCCAUGGCACAGGGUCGCGUGGCCCAUAUGAUCGAGUGGCAGAACUGGGGCAUGCAGACAGUGGGAUCAGGAGGAACCAGUGCUGGUCGAAUCUCCACUCGCAAUCUUCAGCAUGAACGCAAGCUGGAGAACGACGCCUACAGUGACCUUAGUGAUGGAGAGAAAGAGGCACGCUUUGCAGCAGGUGUUAUGCAGCAGUUUGCAAUAUCUGAGGCCACUUUGCUAGCUUGGAAUUCCAUGGAUGGAGAAAGCACAAGUGCAGGCUCCAACCAAGGCAGUGUUGCCCAUCUGAGUGAGACCAAUCAAGAGAGCAUCACCAGCCGAGACCAGAUGUUACACCACUCCUCUGCAGAGGUGUGGCCUCACACAUAUGUCUCCCAGGGUCUCUACUGCCUCUCAUCUUCAGAUGCUUGGGAACCAAUCAGCAACGAACAGUCAGGAGUGGCCUCUCCAGCCGCAGGCUCCUAUGUCAUGGCUGGUGGAGCUUCCUGUGACGGCAGUUAUGAUGGAAACGCUGCGGCUCAAUUCAUAACACAGCAGCAACAGCAGCAGUUCAUCCAACAUCACCAGACCCAAUUACAACAGAUACAGCAACUACAGCAGAUACAGCAAUACCAGCAACAACAGAUACUGCAGUAUCAGCAACAGCAACAGAUACUGGAACAAAGACUACAAAGUGCCACUCAGUCUUUACAGGCUACGCCCAACAGCACCAUCCACAGUCUACCGCCACUUACUCACCCACCCCUGGUGGAUCUGUGGGGGGCAGGGCUUACAGAAACCUACCAGGGAGAAGUAGGUGGGUACAUAGGUGUGGCUGCAGCCACUGAGGGAAACCUAACAGCCACAUCAGAAGACAUGGGAACAGAACACUCACCCUUACUGGAAGCUCAAGAAGAGGAAGAGCUCAAGGAUGAAGAGGUAACAUUAUACAUGGAACCAGAGCCAGUGACUUUAAUUCCUUCUCCAGCUGCACAGAGAGAGGAAGUGACCUCAGCAGGAGGAAGCAGUCCAGGACAGGUCCCUGGGGAGUCAAUCACAGAAUGGAAACCUUCUGAUGUCACAUCGUCUGUUAAUGAAAUGUUGGAGGAAAAAGAGGAGGAGUCAGAAUCCUCAUCGGCCAGUGCCACGGCAACAAAAUGAGUGCUGGGAGCCAGAACGAAACUGAUUUUAUCGACAUUUAAUGCUACAUAAUCAACUAUUUGAAUUGAUCCAUCAGUUUUCAGGAAUCUCUCCUUUGUGAUGGAUCUUGUGUGACUUCAAAUAUAAUAAAGAGAAAAUGGCCGAAUUUUCUAACAAACAUUACACUUCUGAAGAGGAGCACAGGAGGGAGAGAGAGCAAGUGAGUGAGUGAGUGAGAGAGAGAGAGAGAGAGAGAGAGAGAGAGAGAGGAUAAAGAUAUACACAAAGGGAUUCGGAGAGAUGAGUACAGACAAAGGUGAAACAAAGGUUAAACACAUGCAUGCUAUUUACAUGGAUGCUACUCAUUGCUCUGAACGUACAAUAAACCAAAACACCAAAAACAAUCCAGCAAAAAAGGAUAGUUUCUAAAAGAGAAAUACGCAUAAGUGUAAGGUAUAGUGUAAAGUCAGCUGUGUUUCAAUCAACAUCUUCUUCAUUCCUUAUAGAUAUCAUGUAUCAUUAUAGAAGUAAAACUGAUACCACAGAAAACUAAUUAUAAAGUGGAUCUAAACACCCAUGGAGCAAAAAAAACCCAACAACAACCACCUUGUCCCUAUUGGAUAUUCAUCACUCAAUUCACAGACAUCUGCACGCACACACACACACAUGUUUUUAAAGUAUUAAGCGUCAAAGUACAGUUCUGCGCAAGUCUU